AAAAAAAAAAAAAAAAAAAAAAUAGAUGAGGGAAAGGAGGUGAGGGGCGAUGAAAGAGGAACAAGUCAUCCCCCCCCCUUAUUCUUUCCGGUCGGCCGUGAAAGAAAAAAGAACGGUGUACUCAUCAAACCAGACACAAACACUUUGUACGCAGACCAAAGCAGACGACUUAUAGCACUUACAGCAGACGAUUUGGAUAUAACUCAAGGUUUUGCAUACCAGCUACCUAAUAGAGUUAAAUAUAACAGCAAUAAAAUGUUGUAUCCUGUUGAUUGCGGAGCACUGCCUACAGUUGCCUGGCCUGAUCGUGGCCUAUCUUCGCUUACCUACCUACCGCCUACCUCUUCAAGGAUGUGGGAUAAAAAAGCCUAUUCCACACUCUGUAAAUUUAUAGAAGAUUAUUCUCGCCACAAUUACAAGGCCAGUAUCCCCCCUCCAUCUGGAAGAAACCACAGCAAUGAGCCUAAUUUACCAUCAGAUCCUCGUCAGUGGAGCAGAGAGGAUGUUGCCAGAUGGAUUGAAUCAGUCAUCAGCACCCACCAGCUGCCCAAAGUCCAGCUGGAACGCUUUCUGAUGAAUGGAAAAGCUCUUUGCCUGAUGUCCAUUGAAAUGUUUGUCAGCCGAGUGCCUCUUGGUGGCAAGCUGCUCUACAAAGACUUUCAACUACGACUCAGUAGAGCACUCUACAGUUGAAAAUUGCACUCACCACGACCAAAGUUUUAUACCUUCUCAACUAAGGAUUGCAAUGUUAGAGAACUUUGAAAAGUUCAGAGAAAUAUUUCUCUGGCUUCAGACUGGAACUUGACUCGAGCGAGCUACUUCCUUGCAUUAGAUAGCACUCUUCUGAUUCAUCAAUGGAUUUAAAAUCUGUAGAACACAUUACUUAUAAAGAUAGCAUUGUGAUGAUAGCAAUUAUCUAUAAAGAUCGUUUUGCGAUGAUAGUAGUAAUGCCAAGCUAAAUGCUUCUUAGUUCCUUUCUAAACCAAAGAGGUUUAAAAUUAUUCUUGUUAUCCGAUAAUUACUGAUAGGACAAAAUUAAUGGUUGCAAAAAGAAUUGUCUGUCACUUGCUUUUUUUCCAUUGAAAAUGCAUCCUGUGCGUAUUUUAUUAUUAUUGUUUAUUUUUUUUAACAAAUAUGGAAUUAGUAGAUAUUUAUAUGUAGAAUAUUUUGGUAAAUGCUUCAUAAAAAGUACCUUACAUUAUUAGUAUCUACAACAGCUUUUUUAAUAGUUUAAAAAUCUAAAUUUUUGUGGACAUAGUUACUACUCGUCGCAGGAUCAGAUUUUCCUAAUUUUACCCUAUAUAAUAAUGAAUAGGUGAUAACAUGUUUUAAAAAUCAAAGAAUUGUAAAAUGUUAUAAUAUUCUCAAAUUAGAGCUACAAGAGCAAUAUGUGAUAAAGCAAUAACUGUAAGCUAAAAUCUAGUUUAUUCCUAAAUAAAAGAACUUCAAUACUUCUCUUGCUACCAGAUAUUCAAUAUGUAAAUAAUUAUAUAACUGAAAAAAUGUGAACUCUUGUGAAUAACUGAAAAGUGUUGAGAAUUUAAUAUUAUACCAGCCAGAAAUAAGCACUAAACGUAGUGCAAUUAUUACAAUAUGUCUUUCACUUUGAUUAAUAUGUAAAAAAAUUCAUUUCAUAUAAAAAAUACUGUGUAAGCUAUGUUAUUUUUGAUAUGCUAUAUUUUUCAGACUUUAUGUAACUAGAUAUAAAGUUUCCGCUUGAUUUAUUGUUUUAAUAAGUUUAAAAACAAAACUUAUAAGUGGCAGGGUUGUCAAAGAUUAAGCAUUUUAAUUAUUAAAAUGUAAAAUAAAUGUUUAAUUUAAAAUAAUAAUGAAUGGACAAAUUGAGGACAUUAUCAAAAAGUUAGGUUAAAAAAAUAAUUCAUGACUUAAUUUAACAUUAAAUUUUUUUAAUCAGUCUAUAAAA